AUGUACGCCAAGACUGCUGCCCUCGCCGCGCUGGCCCUGCUCCCGGGCCUGACGCUCGGCCAGGUGUCAAACGACUUUGAGAGCGGCUGGGACCAGACGGCCUGGCCCAUCUACGCGCCCUCGUGCAACCAGGGCGGCAAAGUCACGCUCGACACGACGACCGCGCACAGCGGCAAGAACUCGCUCCGCGUCGACGGCGCCGGCGGGUUCUGCGGACACGUCUUCUUUGGCACGACCAAGGUGCCCAGCGGCGACCUCUACGUGCGCACGUGGCUCAAGGCGUCCAAGGCGCUGACGGCGUCGCACGUGUCGUUCAUCACCAUGUCGGACGCGUCGCAGGGCGCCGACAAGCACCUGCGCAUCGGCGGCCAGAGCCAGAUCCUCAUGUACAACCGCGAGUCGGACGACGCGACGCUGCCGGACCUGUCGCCGCAGGGCAUUGCCGCCUCGACGGCGCUGCCGACGGGCAGCUGGCAGUGCUUCGAGUACCACGUCGGCGCGGACGGCACGAUUGAGACGUGGCUCAACGGCAAGGCGAUUGCCGGCCUGACCAGCAAGGCGGGCACGGCCAACGCCAACGCGGCGCAGUGGCAGCGCAGCGCGCUCAAGCCCAAGAUCACGGGCGUGUACUUUGGCUGGGAGUCGUACGGCGGCGACACCAACACGUUCUGGUACGACGACGUGGCCAUCAGCGGCACGCGCGUCGGCUGCGACAGCAAGGCGGCCGCGACGGCAGCGCCGUCUUCGUCUUAA